AUGAAUUUCAUUAUACUAGCGUUAUUAUUAGUGGUAUCGGCAUUUCAAAGUGAUAUUAAACGAGUACAAAGCUUGUUGUUAUCUGAAGGUCCUAGUAAUAAAGUUUUGGGGGAAUUCUCAAGUUUAAUCAAAGAUAUUGAAGCUGUUGAUGAUAAUGAUAGUAACUUAUCACAAUUAUACUUCAAGAAGUCUUUGAUUGAAUUGAAUUUGGGUAAGGAAAGAGAUGCCAUACGAGAUUUGAAAACAACUUUACUGUUGGAUCCUCAUUUAACCCCAGCCAAACAAAAAUUGGUUGAAUUAUUGAUGGAAUUCUCCUUAUUCGAUGAUGCCAUAUUUGAGACUGUUGAUCCAACCAUUACUGCUCAAAUCAGCACUUUCAAUAACCAUCUUUCAGAGUUAGAAUCUGCAUUAUCAAAGAAGAGCUAUGAUAAAUGCCAUUACCUUGAUGAGUUGGUCUCAAUAUCACCCAUGAACCCUGUUUUAUAUAAACUCAAGAUAUCUUGUGCUCAUGAAGAUCUUAAUGAUGAAAGUAAUAAGAAUAUAACAAUGGCCUUAAGUAAGUUAACGAAAUUAGAAAGAGAUUUGAGCAAUUUCCACAAUUUGUCAAACUAUCUUUUAUACACAGCUGUGAACUUUAAUACGGCCUUUUCCACUAUCAAACAAUGUUUAAGAAUCGAUAAUGAAUUCAAAGAUUGUGUGAAAACAUCAAAGUUUUUCAGUAGAUUUUCAAAGUUUUUGGAAUUACUUGAACAAUAUUCAAUCGAAAAUGGUCAUAUUUACCUUAUUACUGAAAGUAAUCAACCAUCCAUUAAUGAUAUCGAUUUGUCAGAGAAGAUCGAUUUCAAGUAUGUUAAUGAUUUCUUGAAUGAAAAACCCAAUAAGAGAUUGGUACAAGGAUUAUCCGUGUCGAACAAUUAUGAUUAUUUGAUUCAUUCAAUGAAGGAAUUUUCAAGUUUAUCUGGAAUAAAAAUGAAUAAAUUGAAGUUUUUCAAUGAUUUGAAUAAAAUGUAUUGUGAAGCUUCCAUCCAAUUAGGAAUCAAAAACAAAAUUUGUAAUUCAAUCGAAGAUGACUUUCUUCCUAAAAUGAUUCCUAAGAUUGAUUCUUUGUUAAGUAAGCAAAAUUAUCAAGAAGCUGAAAGAAUCUUGAAAUCAUUUCCUGUGAAUACUCGUCAAACUGCAUUAUAUAAGAGUAGAUGGUCAAGAAUUGAAGAUUACAUCAGAGAACAACAACAUAGACAACAACAAGAACAACAACAAAGAUUUUAUCAACAGCAGCAACAACAAAGACAACAGCAGCAAAGACAACAACAGCAACAACAACAUAAUAUGAAACCUAAAAAUGACUAUUAUAAGGUUCUUGAUGUUGCAAGAGAUGCUGAUGAAAAGACAAUUAAGAAAGCUUAUAGAUCACAAACUCUCAAAUACCACCCUGAUAAGUAUAAGGGUAAUGAUUUAACAGCUGAUGAAAUUGAAGGUAAAAUGCAAGAGAUCAAUCAAGCUUAUGAAGUUUUAUCCGAUCCUGAUUUAAGAGCAAACUAUGAUAGAGGUGAUGAUCCUAAUGAUCCUACAGGUCAAUCCAGACCUAAUCCAUUCCAAGGUGGACAAGGAUUCAAUUUUGGUGGAGGAAGCCAGUUUAAAUUCAAUUUCGGCAGUGGAGGAGGUUUCCAAUUCGGAGGUUUUGAUGGUGGACCAAAAGUUAAGUUCCAAAAAAACUUUAAAAAACGUAGACAAAAUUAG